AAAAGGAAGUUGUUAUUCAUCUUCCCGCGAGAAUCUGCCAUGAUCGGGCGGCCUUCCCGCUGCUCCACUCCACACCUUGGAACACUGCAUUUGUCAUUGCCGCCAAUACAAGCAUUUCCAAUUCUCUUCUUCAUCCCUCAUUCCAGCCCUAAAUCCACCAUCUUCGAGCUCCGUGAAUCUUCGAACAAUAGGUACCAAUUUUGUGUUCACAGAUGGCUGCCCUUGAAAAUCAGACCAAAACCAAAGGAAGACAUCAGUCAAGGAAAACCAGUGCCCACAAUUCGAAGGCAGAUGAUGAAUCAGUUCACAAUCCAAUCUAAUUGCAAAGUUAUGAAAGUUUGUGGAGAUGGAGAAGGCGAUAAGAAAUGCUAAUUGCAAAGCUGAGAUUGUGAAUGCAGUUGUAAAGAAGCUUGAAAUUCAGAAUGCAGAGAUUAGGGUAGAGAUGGAAGCCUUCAAGUUGAGUGCAGAAGUUGCCAAGAAAGAAACGAAACGCCUCAAGAGGAUUAUGGCAUUGGAGAAACAGCAUAACAAACUGAAGGGAGAGCUCCAGGACAAGAAAAAGAAGUCUUUGCAGUUGUAACAAGAGUUAGUUGCCAUUCAGAAGGCUCAAAAGAAGAUCGAGGGAAAGUGGAGGCAUGAAAUGCAGGCUAAGGAGCUAGCAAAAACCCAGAUUCCAGAAGAACUGAAAAUAAAGGAAGAAGCUGAUGCCAAUUUAAAGAGGAAGCUGGAGACUGCUCACCAGAAUAUGGUGGCGGAUUGUCAGCCUCAUAAAGAUGAUAUGCAAAGACUCAUGGAGGAAGUUUCUCGUCUCCAAAUAUCUUCAGAUUUGGCCAAUCAAUGGCAUCAGCAGAUUGUGUUGCUGCUGGGUCAUUUAGAGCUGGAAAGGGAACAGAUAAGACACAUUCAGUGUGAUGCAUCUUAAUCAGAAUUUGUCAGCACAUCUGUUUGAGGAAAAAGUCAGUGAUCAUUGGUGCUUGAUCUGUACACACAACGAGGCACCAAUACUCCUCGUCCCUUGUGCCCAUCAACUCCUAUGUUUCAAUUGCGCUAAUCAUUUCAACCAUACAGAUGCUAGGCACCGUUGUUGACAAGUUCCAAUUAUUCAGAGAGUACACGAGUCUAUGGUGUGAGCUCGCAGCUUCAAACUAACAUCAAUCAUUCACAGGUAGGCCCAAAAAAUUCGCACCAUUUUCUUGAGUGGCCCAUCAUCAUAUAUCUUCAUGUUUUGCAUUAUUACCUGACAUUUAAUUGUUCUGAGAAGCUUGGAAAUCGUUAGUGAAACAUGGAAGCCACUGUUUUAUGGUAACCAUUUUAUUACCAACUUGAAAAAGAGGUGAUUUUGGUCUACGAAUUGAGUUUGGGAAUACGGAUACACGAAAGGAAAGAUGCUAGCACUGUUUCAGUUCCCAAAUCAUUUCAUCUUCACAAGCCACAUCGAAAAUGUCAUGCGUAGAAAGAAACGAAAGGCAAAAGAAAAAGACAACGUAAUCAGUAAGCAAAUGGCACGCUUAGACAAAAUGAGCGUCAUGUGGACCACUAGUUGGAGUGUGGAGUGUUGCAAGCGUGACAAGAAUGAAUAAAUUCAUUGUUGUCGU